AUGACAACUUUGUUAUCUAUAGUAACUCUUCCUUCAACAGCAAAGCUGAGCUUGAAGCUUCUCAACAAUGGCAACAUACACGAAAACCCAAUUCCGAAAGCUCACCUUUCAGCAGGCUUUAAUUUAGACAAAAACAAACAUGGCAACAAAGUUUCAUUUAUAAAUUUUGCUGUAAACAACCAACAAAGCAUAGAGACAGCCCAGAAAGUUCAUGGGAAGAUUACACGAAGAAAAGGUGGUGGAAUUGGAAACCCAUUUUUGAGUGAAGGAAGAGAUGAGGAUGAGAGAAAUGGGCCAUUUUGCCCUGGCUGUGGGGUCUUUAUGCAAGAUAAGGACCCAAACCUUCCUGGGUAUUAUCAGAAAAGGAAGCUUACUGUAUCAGAAUUGUCAGAUGGUGAGGAGGGUGUUGAGGAUGAAUUGGAAGAGUUUGAUGAAGAAGAGGAAGAAGAAGAAGAAGAAGAUGAAUUUUUUGAUGGAAUUGAGGGUAAGUAUGAAGAAAGUGAUGAAGAAGAACGUGAAUUGGAAAUGGGGGAUGAGUUUGACUGGGAUUCAGAUGACUUGGAAGCUAAGUUGUUGGGGAAGGAAGAAAAUGAUUUGGAUUUGGAUGGUUUUACUCCGGCAGGGAUUGGGUACGGUAACAUUAAAGAGGAAACUAUAGAGAAAAUGAAGAAGAAGAAGAUUCCUAAAGCAGAAAAGAAGAGAAUGGCUAGAGAGGCCCAGAAAGAGAAAGAAGAGGUUACAGUGUGUGCGCGAUGUCAUUCGUUAAGAAAUUAUGGGCAGGUGAAGAACCAAGCGGCUGAAAAUUUAAUGCCUGAUUUUGAUUUUGAUAGGUUGAUUGCUACCCGGUUAAUUAAACCUGCUGCAAGUGCCAAUCCUGUCGUGGUUAUGGUUGUUGAUUGUGUUGAUUUUGAUGGGUCAUUCCCUAAACGGGCUGCGAAGUCAUUGUUUGCAGCAUUAAGAGGAACUGAAAAUGAUCCUAGGCUUAAAAAAAGACUGCCAAAGCUUGUCCUUGUGGCCACAAAGGUUGAUCUCCUCCCAUCACAAGUAUCACCUGCUAGAUUGGAUAGAUGGGUCCGCCAUCGUGCUAAGGCUGGAGGGGGACCUAAGCUAAGUGGGGUUUAUAUGGUUAGUUCUCAUAAGGAUUUGGGUGUCAGGAAUUUGUUGUCCUUCCUCAAAGAAUUGGCUGGUCCUCGAGGGAAUGUAUGGGUUAUUGGGGCUCAAAAUGCAGGCAAGUCUACUCUAAUAAAUGCAUUGGCAAAGAAAGAGGGUGCAAGGGUUACAAAGCUCACUGAAGCCCCAGUUCCUGGGACAACACUGGGGAUCCUGAGAGUUGGAGGGAUUUUGUCGGCUAAGGCAAAGUUGUUUGACACUCCAGGACUUCUACAUCCCUAUUUGGUGUCCAUGAGAUUGAAUAGGGAUGAACAGAAAAUGGUUGAAAUACGGAAGGAGCUUCAUCCUCGGACUUAUAGGAUAAAGGCAGGGCAAACCAUACAUGUUGGUGGUUUAGUGAGACUAGACCUUAUUCAAGCUUCUGUGGAAACAAUUUAUUUAACAGUUUGGGCUUCGCCAAAUAUUUCUUUACAUAUGGGGAAGACAGAAAAUGCUGAUGAGACAUGGAGGAAACAUGGUGGUGUUAGGUUGCAGCCUCCAAUUGGCACCGACCGUGCUUUUGAGAUGGGCACAUGGGAAGAGAGGGAAAUCAAAGUGUCCGGAGCAAGUUGGGAUGUAAAUAGCGUUGAUAUUGCAAUAGCUGGUUUAGGUUGGUUUUCUAUAGGUCUCAAAGGGGAAGCAACCUUGGCAUUGUGGACAUAUGAUGGCAUUGAAAUCACUUUGAGAGAACCACUAGUUCUUGAUCGGGCACGGUCUCUUGAGAGACCUGGGUUUUGGCUACCGAAAGCAAUAUCCGAGGCCAUUGGAAACCAGAGCAAACUUGAAGCUCAAAGGAAAAAGCUUGAAAUGGAUAGUGCAGAUUUCCUUUCUGAGGCGUCCAUUUGAAGAGAAGAUAAGCAUGAUUGCUCUGCAUCAAUUUCUUCUGGAAACCUGGUCAAUCUAGUAGCUCUGAGAAGCGAGUCGCAGUGUUUAAAGGAACAGUUCCUCUAGUUUAAUCGAAGGAAAAAUGAUUGUACGCCGACAUUGUUUUGCGCAAACCUAUAGCGUUAAGUAUGUUGGUGGGAUUAUAUAAAUCAUUAAUAUUGUUUCCUAGUUUAGGAAUUGAGAGGAGGGUUUUGAAUGACAGCUCCUUCUGAGAUGAUCGGUUGAAGGGGGUGCAAAUUAUAUUGAAUCACAAGAUUUUAGAUGACCUAAGGAAGUUGGCGAUGGCUGAAUUGCUUCUUUUAGGAGAAGAUUUUCCCAAGCAAGUGUAGAAGGGGAAUAUGAUUGGUGUUUCUUAUUUUUAUUUUUUUUAAUUUGAGAGAAAUUAAAUUAAAUGUGGCACGAUUUGUCGAGGGAUGAAAACAGAAUUUGACGAAAAAAAA